CGUGUCCCUCCGUCUGCCUUAUAUAACAGCAGCAGGGAGGAGGCAGCCGGACAUUGCCCCGGGAUAGGAACAGGACGGGGCCGUCCUCCUUACACAAUAUGGGCGGCCUCCGGUUACAUAUCCCGGUGACGUCCCCCGGGAGGCGUGUCCGCCGUAUGGAGAGUGUAUGAGGACAGGACCCGGGCUCACACCCCGCAGACAUGUCUCUCUACAGGAACACCGUGUGGUUUGUGAAGGGGCUGCGGGAGUACACCAGGGGCGGAUAUGAAGCUGCUGCCAAACACUUUGCUGCAGAAGAUCUACAAGUUGAUGUUACUGGAAGGUCUUACAUGAUCACAGGGGCAAAUAGUGGUAUCGGCAAAACAACUGCUCUGGAGAUUGCUAAAAAAGGUGGCAUAAUUCAUAUGGUAUGCCGAAAUAAAGAACGAGCAGAAGAGGCACAAAAAGAGAUUAUUGCAGGCAGUGGGAAUCAGAGUAUAUCUGUCCAUCUGCUGGACAUGUCCAACCCAAAAGAAAUCUGGGAGUUUGCUGAAAGGUUUAAGGCUGAAAACCGUCUGCAUGUAUUGGUGAACAAUGCUGGGUGCAUGGUAAACAGUCGGGAAUUAACAGAUGAUGGACUAGAGAAGAACUUUGCCACCAAUGUCUUGGGUACAUAUAUUUUGACAAAAGCUCUGCUUCCUGCCUUGGAAAAGGAAGAUGAUCCCAGAGUAGUAACAGUCUCGUCGGGUGGUAUGCUGGUUCAGAAGCUGGACGUCUUAGAUCUUCAAUUUGAGACGAGCACGUUUGAUGGAACCAUGGCCUAUGCACAAAACAAGAGACAGCAAGUAAUCCUGACUGAGCAGUGGGCUAAAGAAUACCCAAAAGUCCAUUUUUCAGUCAUGCAUCCGGGCUGGGCUGACACACCAGCGGUGAGGUCUUCAAUGCCAGACUUCUAUGAGAAGAUGAAGAACAGAUUACGCACAGAAGAACAAGGAGCAGACACCGUGGUGUGGCUGGCCGUGUCUCCUGCUGCAACUAAGCAUGCGAGUGGCCUCUUCUUCCAAGAUCGGAAGCCUGCUUCUACCCACCUUCCCUUGGCAAGUACGCGCUCCUCGUCUGGAGAUGAAGAUAAACUCCUCCAGAUCUUGCAGGAUAUGUCUAAAAAAAUUUCUACCGCUUCCUAGCCACCGCCUAGGAUCUAAACGGUGUCUUUCUAUAAGGGGACAAACCUCGCUAAUAGUAGAAAACACUGUAACAUUACUAAACAGACGAGUACUAUAUUUAUUCUGUACUCUUAUCCUGCAGUGACUUUAUUCCUGUUUACAUACAGGUACGGGGGAGAUUUAUCAAAACCCGUCCAGAGGAAAAGUUGCCCAGUUGCCCAUAGCAACCAAUCAGAUCGCUGCUUUCAUUUUUAUCAAGGCCUCUGCAAAAUGAAAGCAGCGAUCUGAUUGGUUGCUAUGGGCAACUCAGUAACUUUUCCUCAGGACAGGUUUUGAUAAAUCUCCCCCCAUAGUGCCUGCAAUCCAGUGUAUUUACUACCUCUGUAUAACUGUGGUUCUGAUGACCGACAAGGAUAGCCGAUGAAUGCUCGCCAUGCUGCUGCCAGAAACUUCACUUUCUGCAUGUAAUACAUUUUUCACCAUUUUGCAAAGAAAAGGACCAAGUUGAUAUGAAUUAGAACCUCUAACCUGUUCAGAAAACAAUUGGGCUGUAUUUGUAAUAAUGAAUUUUUUUUUUUGCAAUCAAUAAUUAUCUGACAGUUUUUUUUUUUUUUUUUUUUUUAAGAAUGGGAUCAUGAAAAGCGUUUAGGUUAAAGGGGUACUCCACUGGAAAAA